CCAACUCAAAGCCGCCCCCCAUAUCCAGAGAAGAAAAGGAUAAGAACCCCCCAUUCUUUGCCUUUUCUUCCAAGCUUUUCUCCCUUCUUUUCAAGGCAUCCCUCUUAGAAAUAGUCGAUCAUCUAUCAAGUGGUGAUUGAUUUUUAAUUUUGCGAAGGAUCAAAGGAAGAAAUCAAAGUUUAGAAAGAAAUAAAAAAGAAAGAGUCUUGAAGAAAUUUCGGAAGAUGGAUAUGAUGUAUUACCCACUUGGGAGGUCUUCUUAUGAAGAUUCUUUGAAGGCUAUUGAGGCCGAUAUACAACACGCUAAUGCUUUGGCUGCUGCAAUUCCUAGAUCCAAAGAUGGUGCUCGAUUUCAAAUGAAAUUAGUUCAUGAUCAAUUGACACCUCUCAUUAUGUUCUUGCUACAAUGGAUCGAUUCUUCUUGCACGUGUCUCCUCCCUAGAUACUUGAAUCUUUUCCAUGUUCUUGUUUACAAGGUAUAUACAGAUGGAAGACCAAAGAUUUCUAGACAUGGAAGGAAAGCGACAGUUAGUGACUUUUAUGCUGUCAUAUUGCCAUCUCUUAGAAGGCUACAUUAUGACUUGAUGGAGCUUGACAACACUACUAAAGGAGAGAGCUCAUCAGAAUUAGUAGUUUCAUCCCAAAAAAAACCAGAAAAAGACAAUGAGUUCACUAAUAUUGAUUUGGAAAGAGAAGAUGAAUGUGGGAUUUGUUUAGAACCUUGCACUAAAAUUGUUUUACCUAAUUGCUGUCAUGCAAUGUGCAUCAAUUGUUAUCGUGAUUGGAACUCAAGAUCAGCAUCAUGCCCAUUUUGUAGGGGUAAUAUAAAGAGAGUGAAGUCACGAGAUUUAUGGGUUCUUACAUGUAAUGAUGAAGUUAUUGAUGCUGAUCUUGUUUCAAAAGAAGAUUUGGUUCGUUUCUAUUUAUACAUAAAUAAUCUCCCUAAAGAUUCUCCAGAUGCCCUUUUCUUCAUGUUCUAUGAGUAUCUAAUAUAACAAGAUUACAUAAUUUAUUGUAUAGAAAACCCCAAUGAGACGAACAAAAAAAAAAAAAGCCGACCCUUGAAAUGUAAAUAGAGUCAGGUUGUAAUUAUAUUUCCUUCAAAUUGUUACAUCAAAAUAAAUACAAACUUGUUUAUUAUUAUGUUA